GUUCCUUGAGCCGCCACCCGAUGGUGCACUUGCACUUGUCCAACAAGCAUACACUCGCUCUCUUUCCCCGCUACAUUUGUGUCUUCCCGAGCAGUCUCUUGUGGUUUCAAAACACCGCCCUUUCCAGAGAGCUCUAUUUUUUCAUGUGAAGAAAAAAAAACUGUAUUCAGCUGAAGUAUUGCUCUGCGGGAAAAGCUAUGAGCGCCCAAGCCAUCUCUUCGAGUGGAGACGGUUGUCAAAACCUUCCAAACGAGCCGUCGCUGGAUGGUGCCACAGAGGGACUUUUUUCCUUCACCGAAACCAUGGCCGAGGACAGUGUAAGCGAUAUUGCGCAGUCCUCAUCUAACAUUGCCGACGCGGGCUCGUCUUCCGUCUCAAGCGACUCCGCCCCUCGGAGCACCAGCCACAGCUUCUACAACUCAUCGAGCUUGGCCAAGUCCAACUCGACGGCUUCCGCCGGGAGGCGCUCCAUCGCCUCCCAUAUAUCUGUGGGCGCGAUUGGCACCAUCCCCUUCGGGGCUCUUCGAGUCCAUCGGCCCAGCGAAUCUCCGCAAUCCACGCCGGCAGAUCUCGCCAUCACUGGCCCCCUGGCCGAGGAGUUCGAGGAGCCCCCUCCCCCGCCGACGAAAUGUCUCGAAAAGGGAGACAUAUUCUUGAUCCUGGACUUGCCGCUGGGGUUCACCGUGGGCAUCGAUACCCAGACGGUGUCGGCGAGGAGUACCCAGAUCCCCGGCUUUCGCGACAUCCCGCCCGGUCCCCACUUCCUCUGGGUGUUGGCGUCAGGCGCGAUAUUCCGCUCUGGGUACUGGUUCGUCACUGGGGAGCUGGGCGAGGUCAGGGUGAAGCAAUGGGACAAGUAUAACGAGGUCAUUGGCGAAGCAGCUAGCCAGUUCGAGGCACGCGAGCAGAAAGAGAACAUUGACGACACAUACCCACGGCUGAUCCCCUACAGCCACGUAGGGGGCGGGUCCGACACGGCUGGCGCCCCCACUCCGCCGCCCAAGGACCUUCCGACGGGCAUUCCGGCCCCGGGAACCGAAGCAGGGCACGACAGGGCGUCGAUCUGGCGGCAGGUCACGUCGGGCAUAUCGCCCGCCUUCCUCGACAGGAUCACGAGCAAGAGGAAUGUCCGCGAAUGGCUCGUCGACACCUCGGACAGUGCCAAGGGGGAGAUGCACUUUCAAGAGCCGGCCAGGUUCCUCAAGACCGUGGUGGGCAGCGAGCUGAACUUCCUCCUGCAGCGAGACGCCGUCGACCUGGACCUCCUGCGCAUCUCCCCGGGCGACGACUCCCCACCCGACGUGACGCCUCGCAUCCUAGCCCUCCUCGACAACAACCACAACAACAACGGCGGCUCCGACGCUCCUCCCAGUGUCACCGAGGCAGACAUCAUCGGCGAGCUGCAGUUCACCUUCCUGACGGGCAUGCACAUCGGCAACUACUCGUGCAUCGAGCAGUGGUGGCACGUCCUGCUCAAGGUCGUCCUCCGCGCCCACCGCCUCGCCGCCGACCGCCCGGUCCUCGCCCGCGCCCUGCUGGAGACCCUGCACGCCCAGAUGAUCUACAAUGACCGGUACAUCAUCGUCGCCGCCGGUGACGAAGACACUGUUGGCAGCAACAAGAACAACAACGGCAACAGCAGCAACAACAACAGCAACAACAACAACAGUAUCCUCAACACCAUCCCCCGCAACGCCGCCCGCCUCCGCGCCGCGCUGGCCCUCUACAAGCGCCGCCUCGACGUGUUCCUGCUCGGCCUGGGGGCCAGGGUCACGCCCGACCAGGCGGCCGUCGGGGCCGCGUUUGCCGAGCUCGAGGCUUGGUUCUGGAGGUGUGGAUGGGAUCUACGGGGCGGGGGCGGGGACGGCGACGGGGAGGAGGCGGGGGAGGGGACGAAGGGGAGAGCCGGAGGGGAGGAAGGGGAAGAUGAUAAUGGUGGUGGUGAGGACGACGACGACGACGAGGAAUACCUGCCGGUGAUCGUUGAUUUGGAUGAGGAGGGGAGGGAGGUCGGGCUUGUUAGUUGGAGCUAGGUUGUUACUGUGCUUCUCCUGCUUCGUAUUUAUAUGGAACCGGUAUUUGGCGCCUGUGUAGGAGACCGAAGUUGGACAGGCGUUUCAGGGCAUCCGAUAAUGAGUGUACGCUGUAUGAAGGUGCUGCGGAGAUGGGGGAUCCCUGGUGUCGGUCUAAUGGGUUGAUAUGUGUUGAUUGAGGAGUAGCUACGUUGCAAUCCCCAAUAUCAUACUUCGAUUCUACGGACAAGGAGUAGGACAGGAAUUUGCUUGGGUGUAUCCGGCAUAGGUAGGUCAAGUUACCUACGGGCCGCUCGCUGAAUGUGCACCAAGUUGGUCAGAUACCCUGCCGAGCAUGAAGUAGCAUGGAAGGAAGGUGAGUCUAUAAGGGGAGAUCCGGGCAGCUAGCUCUCCUACCCGUCAUGGGCUUGAAGGGUCGACUGGGGGAGUUA